CCUGUUCUUUUGUCCCGAAACCCGGAUCCUUUCUUCCCCCAACGAACACCAUGAUAGUCCGGUAGAACAGCCAGCCAGGUCUCCCUCUCCUCACACCACUAUGGCGAGUCCAACCCUUCGCGCCGCGUUUCGGCGGCAUCUCGACCUAUUGCGCCUGCAGCGCAAGCCGCCGCGACGCUUCCAGUCAUCGCAAACCGGCUCGAGUCCGAAUUCCAAAACGGCGAAGACGGAGGACCCCAUACCGGUACCGAGCACAGUUGCGCCUUUGCCUUUUUGGCAGCGUCUGGGUCCCCUGACCCGAACCGCCGAGGCAUAUGCCCGCGCUCAGCGGAAGAGACCGUAUGUCACGCAAGUCGCGAGCGCCUUAGUUAUCUAUCUUGGCGCCGACAUCAGUGCACAAAGGAUGAGUGGCAAGGACUACGAUAUCAAACGCACGGCGCGGUCGCUAGCUGUCGGCGCAUUCGCUGCCAUUCCUAAUUAUACGUGGUUCAUGUUCCUGUCGCAUCAUUUCAACUAUUCUUCGCGCAUCAUCUCGAUCGGCACGAAGGUGUUAGUGAACCAGAUUUGUUUCACUCCUUUGUUUAACACAUACUUCUUCGGCUCGCAGGCCCUGCUAUCGGGCGACACUUUACAAGAGACAUGGGAGCGCAUCACGAGGACGGUUCCCAUCAGCAUCAUCAAUAGUUGCAAGCUCUGGCCUGCCAUUACAGCCUUCAGUUUCGCAUUUUUACCCAUGGAAUAUCGAAGCAUUUUCACCGGCUUCAUCGCCGUUGGUUGGCAGACAUAUCUGAGUUUCUUGAAUAGACAGGCUGAGCUGGAUGAGGCGAAGGCGAAUCGGAUCAGUAUACCUGGGCAGGAAGAGAAGACUGCUAUCGAAGAGGGUACUGCCAUCAGCGUGCGAGAUGCGAAGAGGCGAAUUGCUGCUUGAACACUAGAUUUCAUUUGUAACAUGUUUGGGAAGAUAUUGGACUAGAUAAAAACUCUGGCACAAAUUGGGCGUCUCAGGGCAUAAACGGACAGAGACGGUGGACCUGUUAUGAUGGUCAUGUUUAUCAAUAGUGUAUAGAAUAAAACGGCACAGACAUGCUAGUCUAUGCCAUAAACCACAAUGUCGCAGCUAUCUAGGUAAUCCAUGGAUACAAUUGGAAAACCAA